CCCUAUGGAUGGGAGAUGACGGCAAACCGGGAUGGACGAGACUGCUUCAUCAAUCACAUGACACAGGCAAUCCCAUUUGACGACCCUCGGUUGGAGAGCUGCCAGAUCAUCCCUCCGGCUCCUCGGAGGGUGGAGAUGAGGAGGGACCCUGUGCUGGGGUUUGGUUUCGUGGCAGGGAGUGAAAAGCCAGUGGUCGUCCGCUCAGUAACACCAGGUGGCCCCUCCGAAGGCAAGCUGAUCCCGGGAGAUCAGAUUGUAAUGAUCAACGAUGAGCCGGUUAGUGCCGCGCCGAGGGAACGGGUCAUCGACCUGGUCAGAAGCUGCAAAGAAUCGAUACUCCUCGCUGUCAUUCAGCCUUACCCUUCUCCCAAAUCAGCAUUUAUUAGUGCUGCAAAAAAGGCAAGGUUAAAGUCCAAUCCAGUCAAAGUGCGAUUCUCCGAGGAGGUCAUCAUCAACGGCCAAGUGUCGGAAACUGUUAAGGAUAAUUCACUUCUUUUUAUGCCAAACGUCCUGAAAGUCUAUCUGGAAAAUGGGCAGACCAAAUCGUUUCGCUUUGACUGCACCACCUCCAUAAAGGAUGUCAUCCUAACCCUUCAAGAGAAACUCUCCAUCAAAGGCAUCGAGCACUUCUCCCUCAUGCUGGAGCAGAGGAUGGAAGGAGCCGGAACGAAGCUGCUCUUGCUUCAUGAACAGGAGACCCUAACUCAGGUGACCCAGAGGCCCAGCUCGCAUAAGAUGAGAUGUCUUUUCCGAAUUAGCUUCGUCCCAAAGGAUCCAAUUGACCUUUUAAGGCGAGAUCCAGUUGCUUUCGAGUAUCUGUAUGUUCAGAGUUGUAACGACGUCGUUCAGGAGCGGUUUGGGCCGGAGCUGAAAUAUGACAUCGCCCUGCGGCUGGCGGCGUUGCAAAUGUACAUCGCAACCGUGACCACCAAGCAGACGCAGAAAAUCUCCCUCAAGUACAUUGAAAAAGAAUGGGGAUUAGAGACUUUUCUUCCCUCUGCUGUGCUGCAAAGCAUGAAAGAGAAGAACAUAAAGAAAGCACUUUCACACCUUGUCAAAGCAAAUCAAAACUUGGUACCACCCGGUAAAAAGCUCUCCGCACUUCAAGCCAAGGUCCAUUAUCUCAAGUUCCUCAGUGACCUUCGACUGUAUGGGGGCCGUGUGUUCAAGGCAACAUUAGUGCAGGCAGAAAAGCGCUCAGAAGUGACCCUCCUGGUGGGGCCCCGCUACGGCAUAAGCCACGUGAUAAACACCAAAACCAAUCUAGUGGCUCUUUUAGCUGACUUCAGCCACGUCAAUAGGAUUGAGAUGUUUACUGAAGAGGAGAACUUGGUGAGGGUGGAGCUCCAUGUGCUGGACGUGAAGCCCAUCACGCUCUUGAUGGAAUCUUCCGAUGCCAUGAACCUGGCCUGCUUAACGGCUGGAUACUACCGGCUGCUUGUGGAUUCCAGGAGGUCGAUAUUUAACAUGGCCAACAAGAAAAACGCAGGGACCCAGGAUACAGGAACUGAAAAUAAAGGAAAGCAUAACCUCCUUGGCCCAGAUUGGAACUGUGUACCCCAAGUGACCACAUUCAUUGACGAAGGGGAGCAAGAAGCACAGAUAACAUAUAUAGAUGCAAAGCAGAAGGCAGUUGAGAUUCCAGACGGCACCUUGUGUCCAAAAGACCACCACCGGCACUUGUACAUGGACAACACCUAUAACUCAGACGAACUCAGCCAGCAGCUGACCCAGCCGGGAGAUGCUCCGUGCAAGGCAGACUACAGAAGUCUAGCUCAGCGGUCCCUGUUGACUCUCUCAGGACCAGAAGCUCUAAAGAAAGCACAGGAGCCUCCAAGAGGAGCUAAAGUGUCCUUUAUUUUUGGAGAUCUCGCCUUGGAUGAUGGUAUCACUCCCCCGACUCUCGGCUAUGAAAGACUGCUGGACCAGAGUCCAGAACUGCUGGAGAAGCAGAGGAAUCUCUACAUCAGCGGUGCCAAUGACACGAAGAGCCUGGAUCUCACUCCAGACGCAGAGGGCAUCCAGUUCGUGGCCAAUUCUGUGUAUGCAAACAUAGGCGACGUGAAGAACUUCGAGGCUGCCCAGGGCAUAGAGGAGCCCCUCUUGCACGACAUCUGUUACGCGGAGAACGCCGACGACGCGGAGGACGAGGAUGACGUGAGCUGCGAGGAGGACCUCGUGGUGGGAGACAUGAACCAGCCGGCCAUCCUCAACCUGUCUGGGUCAAGCGAUGACAUCAUUGACCUCACGUCCCUGCCCCCGCCCGAAGGGGACGACAACGAGGACGACUUCCUGCUGCGUUCCUUGAACAUGGCUAUCGCCGCGCCUCCACCUGGCUUCAGAGAUAGUUCCGACGAGGAGGACUGUCACGGCCAGGCCGCUCCCUUCCUGGGGGACAAGGAGGCAGGCGGCACCCUGCAGAACGACGAGAUCCCCGUGUCCCUUAUCGACACUGUGCCCACCAGCGCCGAGGGCAAGUGUGAGAAGGGCCUGGAUAGCGCCGUCGUUUCCACGCUGGACACUCUAGAAGCUCUGUCCGUGUCAGAAGAUCAGCAGACCAGUGACAAUUCAGGUGUAGCCAUCUUGCGGGCUUAUAGUCCCGAGUCCUCGUCAGACUCGGGCAAUGAAACUAACUCUUCGGAAAUGACGGAGAGUUCUGAACUGGCCACGGCCCAGAAGCAGUCAGAAAACCUCUCCCGCAUGUUCUUGGCCACUCACGAAGGCUACCACCCCCUUGCGGAAGAGCAGACAGAGUUCCCCACCUCCAAAAGCCCACCUGGGGCCUUGCCUCCGAAGGCCUCCCACGCCCUCACUCCCCGUCCAGUGAGCGACCUCCCGCCCAAAGUUGUGCCUUCCAAGCAGAUCCUUCACUCGGGCCACGUGGAGAUGGAGCCCGAAACCAUGGAGACUAAGUCAGUCACUGACUAUUUUGGCAAACUGCACAUUGGGCCGAUGGCAUAUUCCUGCACCAGCAAAAGGAAAAGCCAGCCGGCCGACGGGGAGGGGAAAGCAUCCCUUAAUGGGAGCAUGCCAGGGAAAAAACAGCAGGGGACCAAAACGGCAGACGUGGAGGAGGACGCCAAAGGUCAAUUUGCUAGUGUGUCUUCAAGGGACAGUCAACACCUGAGCACUUUUAACCUGGAGAGAACUGCCUUUCGCAAGGACAGCCAGAGAUGGUAUGUGGCCACUGAGGGGCCUAUGGCUGAAAAAAGUGGGUUGGAAGCAGCAACAGGGAUAACCUUUCCCAGAGCUUUGGCUGUGGGAACCACAGAGACCGAAGGCAAGGAUGAUGGGGCUCCUGAUGGAGAAGCCGUUGAGGUUUCAGGACUUGGCCAGCGGGACCACUUCUUAACAGAGGUGACCUGUGUGUCUUCAGCCAAAGACUUAGGUAACCCGGACGAUGCUGACCCGUCCACCUGUGACCAUCCUUCCAAGCUCCCCGAGGCGGAGGAGAGCGUGGGCCGCCUUUGUGACUACCACUUGGCCAAGCGGAUGUCGUCGUUGCAGAGCGAGGGCCAUUUUUCUCUGCAGAGCUCUCAAGGCUCCUCGGUGGACGCAGGCUGUGGCACGGGUAGCAGUAGCAGCACUUGUGCCACUCCGGUGGAGUCCCCGCUCUGCCCCUCCAUGGGGAAGCACCUGAUUCCUGAGGCUGCCGGGAAAGGCGUGAGUUACCUUCCUUCCGAGGAGAGAGCCACCGGGCUUCCCAGCCACGGAGCCGCCUUUAAGGAAUUACACCCACAGACAGAAGGGAUGUGUCCACGGAUGACAGUGCCUGCCCUGCACACGGCCAUUAACGCCGAACCCCUGUUUGGCACUUUGAGAGACGGAUGUCAUCGACUCCCCAAGAUUAAGGAAACCACAGCUUUGACAGAGCCUGGGAAGGAGAGACGAGGAGGCAUGCCUUCAGCUUGGCCUCAACAUCCUAAAGCUGAUCCCACCCUGCUACCAUCAAACAUUCACUCGGAAUCAAAGGUGCCAAUUCCAAAUCAAGACCCUACUGAUUUCUCCCAAGCAAACCAGGCCUACGGAGAGGCUGUGAGCUGGUGGCCACUGGAUCUGCGAGGGGGGAGCCUCAGGACACCCCCCAGCCAGAGGGCUCUGAGACGUAGCAGCAGUAUCCUCUCGGGAUCUGUAAGUUUGGAGACCUUCCGGGAGAGAAGCAAAGGUGCAGUCAGCUUAAAGUGUCCAGGUAUCACAGAAGCACAGGAGGCCAGUUCAGAAAGGCACGCAGAACUCCCCCUAGGGAAGCUCACCAAAAGUUUUUCGCAAAGCUCGAUGCACUUUAGCUCUGAGGGGAAAGUUCACAAAAGGUCCCCAGCGGCUCACAAAAACUCAAAGCUGUAUAGGACAUUGCCCUUGCGGAAGCUGGAAGGCAGCAAUUGGAGAUGCCGGGGACCUUUCAGCUACUGCUUCCUGAACGGGGGGCAGGAUGAAGAUGGUGAUGAGGACGAAGAGCAGAGAGAGGUCGAUCACCACGUCUCUUGCCUCUUUCGACCACAGAUGACUCAAGCCACGCCAGACCCAAGCAGCCCACCCCUGGCUGUCGGAAUUCAGGAGCAAGGAGGGGAGCUGUCCAGAGGUUCAGUUCUGAAGGUCUGGGCCGAAGACUUGAGUGGCCCAGAUGAUGUGGACUUCAGCAACCUGACUUUUGAUGCCCGGAUUGCAAGGAUAAAUGCCCUUAAGGAGAGCACAUAUGCAAUGCCCGAUGGGUUCCUCGCAGCCCAAAAUGAUGCCAAUGAGCUGCUCUGCCUUGUCAGGGAAACCAAGGGGAAGAAAGGGGAGUCACGCCUUGAAGCGUAUGACCUAACACUUUCUCAGUACAAGCAGCUGUUAUCCAUUGAGUCCAGACAGUUGGGGAGUGCCUGCAGGAAAAUGGCAAUGGCCGAGAAAAGUCCAGAGGAGAUGCUCCUAGCUAUGACUUCCAGCUUUCAAGUGCUCUGUUGCCUAACAGAAGCCUGCAUGCGAUUAGUUAAAGUUGUGAACUCAGAAACACAGCGGCAGGAAAUUGUAGCGAAGAUCGAUGAAGUGGUCAUAAACUACAUCUGUCUCCUGAAAGCUGCCGAGGCAGCCACUGGAAAGACCACUGGGGAUCCCAAUGUUGUACUCUCAAUGCGACAUUCAACCACCAUGGCCGCUCUCGUAAGCACACUAACACGUUCUCUCAAGAUGCUUUUAAAUAAAUAA